CAACAACCUCUGUCCUCAACUGUGCUGUCUGCCAUGUAAUAUCCUCUAGCUUCUGUGAUCUGCCAUAGCUGGGAUUAGAGCUGGUAGUCCAGCUCUCACUCUACGGAGUUAGAAUAAAGAGGAAUCAGAAAAGAGGACAUCUCUAGGACAGAUAACAUGAGAAUUAAUGUCUAGACACUUAGGGCUCAGACCCAGAAAGGUUGUGAAAAGUGCUUCCUCAGAGAUGGUUCCUCAUAGCAUAGGAGAGUGGGGAGUCACAUGUUGUCACCUUCUCCAAGUCCUAUUUCCUUCAUCUGUGGGGUGAAGAAGUAGCUUUCUUCCUUAUGUAGAUGGUAAGAGCAGAGGCAGGGCAUAGCCUUCCUCAUUUCCAUAGAGUCCAUGAACUUAUGGCAGGAGGAGGUACCUCCAUGACUUCUUUUUUGUUUCCUAGCUCUGUGCCCUCAGGAUCCAGCAUGGCACAUAGAGGGAAGCCCUGAGGAGGAAGAAAGAAGGGCAGCUGGGCUCCCAGUAGCUCAAAUCCAGGUGAGAUAAAAUAUCUGUUUUUUCUUGCAAGGUCAAUGUGUUCCCAAGGAUGAGGAUCCAGGUUUUCCUUGGCCACCCUAGUUGAUGUGAUUCCUUGAGAGACAGCAGCAAGAGAAUAGGCCAAGGAGUCAGCCAGUUAGCAAUUCCUGAAUGCAGUAGGGGAAUCCAGUUAGUUAUCCAUGAUACAGAGCCUUGCUGUCACUCUGCCUGUCCACAGAGCUAGACACAGCUAUGUCAUCACUUGUUUUGGGGAAGAUGAACCAUACCCAGUUUGGCUGGCAGCCCUUAUCCCUUUCCUCUCGUUCUUAACUCAUUGUGGCCAGAGGUUUCUAUCCUGCCCAAUCCUGUAGCCAUUCAGCCCCAAAGAAACAGAGGUCUACAUUAAUUAUAAACUGGUUGGCCUUUUAGCUCAGGCUUCAUAUUAGCUCUUAAGCCUACAUUAACCCAUAAUUCUUGUCUGUGUUAGCCAUGUAUCUUGCAUCAGUGAGGCAGUUUCAUCUUGCUUCCUCUUUGUCUGGGUGAGGCCUGCAAACUGAGUCUUUCUCUUCCCAGAAUUCUCCUGUUCUCAUUGCCCCACCUCUACUUCCUGCCUGACCACCCCACCUAUACUUCCUGCCUGGCUACUGGCCAGUCAGCAUUUUAUUAAACCAAUACAACUGACAAAUCUUUACAGGGUACAAGAUCAUUGUCCCACAGCAACUCAUGUAUUCAGAACCAGAUUCAGGCUGAUGCUGUGUAGUAUACUCCGUACUUGCUGUGAGAACAAGAACAGAUGUGAACCUUUACCCUGAGGACCUAACAGGCCACUUUCCAAGGUGGUUCACUCAGGAACCAGUGACUUUCAAAGAUGUAGCUGUGGCCUUCACCCAAGAAGAAUGGGGGCAGCUAGACCUUGUUCAGAGGACCUUAUACCGUGACGUGAUGCUGGAGACCUACGGACACCUACUCUCUGUGGGGAAUCAGAUUGCUAAGCCUGAAGUCAUCUCCCUGUUGGAACAAGGAGAAGAGCCUUGGUCAGUGGAGCGAGCAUAUCCCCAAAGUACUUGUCCAGAGUGGAUGAGAAAUGUUGAAAGCAGAACAUUGGUUCCAGCACAGAGUAUUUUUGCAGAAGAACAGUGCAGUGGGAUGGCAUUAGAAAGAUAUAUAUGGAAUGAUCCUUGGCUCUCCAGGCUAGGAGUUUUGGGAUGUAAAGACCAAUUAGAAAUGUAUCACAUGAAUCAGAGUACAGGUAUGAGACAAAUGGUCUUCAUGCAGAAACAAGUACUUUCUCAACGACGUUCUGAAUUCUCUGAACUUGGCACAGAGUACAGCAAAAGCUUAAACUUGGUUCCAUCUCAGAGAGUUUCUCAAUUAGAACAUUUCUAUAAACCUGAUGCACAUCUUGAAGGUUGGAGAUGUAAUUCAGCUAUAAUGUAUGCAGAUAAGGUUACCUGUGAAAAUGAUCAUGACAAAGCCUUCUGCCAGUCUCUUCAGCCUGUUUACCCUGCAGGAAUGCAAACUGGAGACAAUCUGUUGAAAUAUACUGAUGCUGUGAAAUCUUUUAAUCAUAUUAUACAUUUUGGUGAUCAUAAAGGAAUACAUACAGGAGAAAAACUCUAUGAAUAUAAGGAAUGCCGCCAAAUCUUUAACCAGAGCCCAUCACUUAAUGAACACCCAAGGCUUCAAAUCAGAGGAAACCCAUAUGACUAUAAAGAGUAUGAGAAUAUCUUUUACUUCUCAUCUUUCAUGGAACAUCAAAACAUUGGUAGUGUAGAAAAAGCAUAUAAAUACAACGAAUGGGAGAAAGUGUUCGGGUAUGACUCACUACUUGCUCAACAUACAAGCACUUACACUGCAGAGAAGCCCUACGAAUAUAACAAAUGUGGAGCAUCUUUUAUUUGGAGCUCUUACCUUAUUCAGCAUAAGAAAACUCAUACUGGAGAGAAACCCUAUGAAUGUGAUAAAUGUGGAAAAGUUUUUAGGAACCGUUCAGCCCUUACUAAACAUGAGCGGACACACACUGGAAUAAAGCCCUAUGAAUGUAACAAAUGUGGGAAGGCCUUCAGUUGGAAUUCUCAUCUUAUUGUCCACACAAGAAUUCAUACAGGAGAAAAACCUUAUGUAUGUAAUGAAUGUGGGAAAUCUUUCAACUGGAACUCCCAUCUUAUUGGACAUCAGAGAACUCACACUGGAGAGAAACCUUUUGAGUGUACUGAAUGUGGGAAGUCUUUUAGCUGGAGUUCCCAUCUAAUUGCCCACAUGCGAAUGCAUACUGGAGAGAAACCCUUUAAGUGCGAUGAGUGUGAGAAAGCUUUUAGGGAUUAUUCAGCCCUUAGUAAACAUGAACGAACUCACUCUGGAGCAAAACCAUAUAAAUGUACUGAGUGUGGAAAGUCCUUCAGUUGGAGUUCCCAUCUUAUUGCUCACCAGAGAACUCACACAGGAGAGAAACCCUAUAACUGUCAAGAAUGUGGCAAAGCUUUCAGAGAACGCUCAGCCCUUACUAAACAUGAAAUUAUUCAUUCUGGAAUUAAACCCUAUGAAUGUAAUAAAUGUGGAAAAUCCUGUAGCCAGAUGGCUCAUCUUGUGAGGCAUCAAAGGACUCAUACUGGAGAAAAACCCUACGAAUGCAAUAAAUGUGGAAAGUCCUUCAGUCAGAGCUGUCACCUUGUUGCCCAUCGGAGAAUUCAUACUGGUGAGAAACCCUAUAAAUGUAAUCAAUGCGAAAGAUCCUUUAAUUGUAGCUCUCACCUUAUCGCACACCGGAGAACUCAUACUGGAGAGAAACCAUACAGGUGUAAUGAAUGCGGGAAGGCAUUUAAUGAGAGUUCUUCCCUUAUUGUACACUUGAGAAACCAUACUGGAGAGAAACCCUACAAAUGUAAUCACUGUGAAAAAGCUUUUUGUAAGAAUUCUUCCCUCAUUAUCCAUCAGAGAAUGCACAGCGGAGAGAAACGCUUUAUAUGCACUCAGUGUGGAAGAGCCUUUAGUGGUCAUGCAGCCUUAAUUCAACAUCAGAGAAAUCAUAGUGAAAAGCAACUAUAACUAAAUUGGUCAGAGACUUUUCUUUUAUUGUGUUUGACCACAUACAAUAAAAACAUACAACAGUGGGAGAAAAAAGCCUACAAGUAUUACCGAGAGGAAAGUUUUUCAUCAAAAAUUCAAUAAGACUUGUCUUUAUUAUACAACAGGAAGUCUCUUUUUUAGAAGAAACCUCAUGAGUGACAUUAGUGAAAGGACCGGGGAACACCUUUUGGCAGUUAUGUGGCCCCUCUUCAGUGUCAGGGAAUUAUAGAAAACAGCUCCCAAGCUUCUCGUAUGAUCCACAAGGAAUCCAUAUUUGAGGAACAUGAUUGGGGAAGGAGUCAUUCCCUCAAGAGCUCUUAUUGGUAGAUUGGUGUACAUUAUUAUGGGGAAAGUCUUGUGCCAUGAAGAGUGUUUUGGCUGGAAAGACACUGCCUGGACUACUAGAUGGAAAGCUUUAUGUUAACAUUUUGUGCAUAAUUAUAGAAACAGGUUUUGCUAUUACAAGGGGAGGGGCUAGGUGCUGUUUAAGGGAUAGAAUGUGGAAUACUAAAUCUGAAUUUAAGAAAAAAAACUAGUGCAGUAUUGAGUGGGGUAUUUACUGUUGAUCAAGGUUAACUUCUUUAGGAAAGAUUAGUAAAGGAGAUCACUAAGGAUAGAAGAUAGAAAUGCUGUUGCCCAGAAAUAUGAGACUGAGCUUUGAAACAAAGUGAUAGUUAAUAAUCUAGUGUGUCAGUGUCCAUUGGUACUUAUCAAUGAAUUGCUGGGCAGUUAGUUUAUAAUUCUUUUAGGCAAUCACUAUAAAUUUUAAUUGUGGACACUGGAGAUAUACAUAACAGAAUGAACAGCCAUAAGGGUACAAUCAUUUAUAAACAUUUAUUGUGACAUCUAAAAAUGUGUUUGAAUAAAGACCUCUUAGAUUCUUGGAGACAUUAACCCAGUUAAUUAAUUAAUUAUAUUUUUUAGUUUAGUUUUUGUUUUUCUUUUACAAAUACAUAAGCACUCACCAUGUGCUUGGUUUUUUAAACGUUUUUAAAAAUAUUAACUUGUUUGUUCAAUUCCCAUAACUCUGUCAAGUAGGCUUUGUAGCUAUCCCAGUUUUACAAAUGGAUAGAUAGAAGCAGAUAUGUUGAGUCACUUACCAAGGGACACAAUUAGUAAAGUGUACAGUUGAAAUUGUUUGGCUCCAGAGUCUGUCUGUGUUUUUAACUACUGUGUUUUACUUUUGUUCAUUGUUUUUAUAAUAAAUAUCUGAUAAUAAAAUUUAAGAAAAUCCUCAGUAAUGAAAAAUGAAAUUUCCUGGUUUCUGUGUCCUGGGUUUCUGCUAACAUGUGAAUCAAAAUUCCUUUGAAAUAUAAACAACUCUGGAUCCUGGGUUCCAUAGAAUUCCACUGCUCACAGCUUUGAGGGUUACAGACAUCAGGGCAGUGUGAUCUUAAGCAAGUGUAAGGACUGUCGCAUGUGGCUUCAAAAAUUCUAAUAAAGCAGAGGCAAGGGUAUUUGUUCUUUGACAUGUUGGAAAGUAGUUCCCUCGGCAUCCCAGUCUUCAAGGUUCCCUUGGAGUUCAUUGUUAGCCUUUUUCUUAUCGCUUGAUAGGAGGGAGAAUUCAGGAUGAGAGUUCUGCUUGAGUCCAUUACCUAUAGUGAGAAAGAUCCUUUUAAAGGAGAAAAGGAACAAAAGGAGUUCAAGGACUCAGGCAAGGGUCAUUUCUGGAUAUGCUACAAGGGUGUUAGGUAGAAAUUUGGGGCACAUAGGGUUCAUCUAGCCUUCAGGGCUCCAGGACUUCCUGGUGGUGAGGAGUGGUGGCAUACUAGUGUUAAAAUGCUGUGUUCACUUCUGACUCUUACAGCUUCAGGCAACUAGGGUGUAACGUUUUUGCCCUCUG